UUCUGCUCAUAAAAUAAAUAAUAAAGGAUUAUCCAAUAUCCAUUGGAUAGUGUAUGAUGAUGAUGAGCCACCCGCUAAUUAAGUCAGCCAUGAACCCAAAAUGCCGACCUUCUUCUGGGCGGUAAUCAUAAACUGGAAAAUCCACGCGAGUUCCAACAAUGGAGAACGUAGUUAUCCCCUGCAAUCUUAAACCUCCCAUAACUAUAAGUCCCACCAAAUCAGGCCAUGGCUAUCCCUCUGAAUUUUCUCCAAAACCCACCAAACUUACCAUUCCUGUGUUUGCUGAAACGCACCCCAAAUUCCCAGAUUCUCAUUUGGAUAACCUCUGCAAAAACGGACGGCUCAGCGAGGCAAUCAUAGCUCUGGACUCCAUUGCCGAGCGUGGGUCCAAGGUAAAACCCAAAACCUAUAUCAACUUACUCCAGUCUUGCAUUGAUGCGAAUUCUAUUGAGUUGGGUCGGGAGCUUCAUGCUCGGAUGGGUUUGGUUGAGUACGCUGACCCUUUUGUUGAAACUAAAUUAGUCAGCAUGUAUGCGAAAUGUGGUUACUUGGAUGAUGCACGCAGCGUUUUCGAUGAAAUGCGUGAGAGAAACUUGUUCACGUGGUCAGCUAUGAUUGGUGCGUGCUCUAGAGCGAAGAGGUGGAAGGAAGUUUUAGAGCUUUUCUUCUUGAUGAUGAAAGGUGGUGUUGUUCCCGAUCAGUUCCUCCUGCCUAAGAUUUUGGAGGCUUGUGGGAAUUGCAAGUGUCUUAAGACUGCCAAAGUGAUACAUUCGAUGGUGAUUCGAUGUGGUUUCAGUGGUUCUAUUCGAGUCAACAAUUCAGUUUUGGCAGUGUACGCAAAAUGCGGGAAAAUGGAUUGGGCCAAGAGUUUUUUCGAGAAGAUGGAGAAGAGGGACGUUGUCACUUGGAAUGCAAUUAUAUCUGGGCUUUGCCAUACUGGUCAGGUUAAAGAAGCUGCAAGACUUUUUGAUGAAAUGAGGGAGGAAGGGACUGAACCGGGUUUGGUAACUUGGAACAUAUUGAUUGCUAGUUGUAAUCAUUUAGGGAAAACUGAUGUUGCAAUGGGAUUGAUGAAAGACAUGGAAAGUUUUGGGAUUGCUCCAGAUGUAUUUACUUGGACUUCUAUGAUCUCAGGGUUUGCUCAUAAUAACAGGAGAGGUCAGGCCUUAGAUUUGUUCAGAGAGAUGCUUUCGGCAGGGGUCAACCCGAAUGCAGUUACUAUAGCAAGUGCAGCUUCAGCUUGUGCAUCUCUAAGAUCACUCAACAAAGGGCUGGAAGUCCAUGCUUUUGCAAUUAAGAUUGGUCUUUUAGAUAAUGUUUUAGUUGGAAAUUCACUUGUUGACAUGUAUUCCAAGUGUGGGCAAUUGGAAGCUGCUCAAGAAGUCUUUGAUAUGAUUAAAGACAAAGAUGUUUACUCAUGGAACUCAAUGAUUGGUGGGUAUUGCCAAUCUGGUUACUGUGGCAAGGCUUGUGAACUCUUCAUGAAAAUGCAGGAAUCAGAUGUACUACCUAAUGUUAUCACCUGGAAUAUCAUGAUCUCGGGAUAUAUACAGAAUGGUGAUGAAGACCAAGCCAUGGAUCUCUUUCAGAGGAUGGAGAAAGAUGGCAAAAUCAAGCGAAACACCGCGUCGUGGAACUCUCUCAUUGCUGGUUACCUGCACCGGGGGGAUCAAGGCAGGGCACUUGGGGUAUUUCGACAAAUGCAGUCCUAUGGUGUUAGUCCUAAUUUGGUUACCAUGUUAAGUGUUCUGCCUGCAUGUGCAAGUAUACUUGCUGCUAAAAAGGUCAGAGAGAUACAUGGCUGCGUAUUACGCAGAAGCUUAGAGUCCGAAACUCCAGUGGCAAAUUCAUUGGUGGAUACUUAUACCAAGACUGGGAAUAUGAAAUAUUCAAGGGCUAUAUUUGAUAGAAUGUCAUCUAAAGAUAUUAUCACUUGGAAUUCAAUCAUUGCCGGUUAUGUUUUGCAUGGGUUACCAACAGUUGCACUUGAUCUAUUUGAUCAAAUGAACAAAUUGGGAUUGAAACCAAAUAGAGGUACUUUUGUUAGUGUUAUCUAUGCAUACAGUCUUUCUGGGUUAUCAGAAAAAGGAACGCUAGCUUUCUCUAGUAUCAGUGAAGAUUAUAGUAUCGUUCCAUGUCUAGAACAUUAUUCUGCUAUGGUAGAUUUAUAUGGCCGUCCAGGUAGGAUUAAAGAGGCAAUGGAGUUCAUUGAAGAUAUGCCCGUAGAACCUGACUCCUCAAUUUGGGAUGCUUUACUUACUGCUAGUAGGAUUCAUAGGAACUUUGGAAUCUCAGUACAUUCUCUAAAUCAUUUGCUUGAGUUGGAACCUGGGAAUCACUUGAUUCAGAGGUUAAGAGCUCAGGCUGAUGCUUUAGUUGGGAAAAAAUCUGAGAGUGAUUCCAAAAUGAGAAAGCUAGAGAAAGAAAGUUCCACUAAAAGGAAUAUGGGACGGAGCUGGAUUGAAAUUAACAACAGAGUCUACACAUUUGUUGCUGGGGAUCAAUCUCAACUUCAUCUAUAUCCUUGGAUACAUGAUAUAGCAGAAAAAGUGGGUAAAUUUGGUUUACGUGAUGGUUUUUGCUUUGAGGAAGAAGAUAGGGAAGAGGUUGGUGGUGUGCAUAGUGAAAAGCUUGCAAUUGCUUUUGCCCUUAUUGAGUUUCCAAGGAAGGCCCAAUGUAUCAGAAUAGUUAAACACCUGAGAAUGUGUGAAGGUUGCCAUGAGACAGCAAAGUAUGUCUCCAAGGCCUAUGGGUGUGAGAUAUACGUGAGUGAUUCAAAGUGUUUACAUCGUUUCAGUAAAGGGCAAUGUUCUUGCAGGGACUAUUGGUAGUCCUCAACUCAAUCUCCCAAAGAGGGAGAAUUAAUUGGUUGAAGAUGGCCAACGUACUCAAUGAAAAUAAUAUAUUUUUUUUCUUUUUUCUUUUUUACUGUUGAGCAACUUGUAGUGUAAAAAUAUUGUAGCAUCUGAUAUUGUAAAUGAUUUAUCUGUUGUUCAAUUCAGUACAUCUUCCACGAGAAGCA